GCGCUGAAAAGAGAAAGGGAAAAGAAGGAAAGCUCGGGAUUUGUUCCCAGCUCUGACGUCACCGAGGUGUUCAAAACCAAACGCACGAGACUCCGUAUGGCAGGCUUCACCGGCAGCCUUAGCGAGGAAGAGGACUUGCGCCUGGACACUCUGUUUUACAUUCAACAUCUAAUUCUGGAUUCAAUGUAUUUACCACUGGGGUUCAGUAAUGAGCUGGCUCCUGACCUGGGUCCUGCUUGUUGCCCGAUUACAUCAGGCCAUUUCCCUGAAUUCCUCCAUUGCGCCAUUCAUACAUGAGUCUACUACCCCUGAGCCCUACAACCGGACUCAGUACUGUAAGUGGCCCUGCAGCUGCCCUGAGACUCCCCCGAGCUGCCCGCCUGGUGUCAGCCUCAUCAUGGAUGGCUGUGACUGCUGUAGGGCCUGUGCCAAGCAGGUAGGCGAGGAGUGCAAUGAGGCAGACAACUGCGACCACCACCGCGGCCUCUACUGUGACUACAGCUCAGACAAGCCUAGGUACGAAAAAGGAGUGUGUGCAUAUCUACUCGGCACAGGCUGUGAGCACAACGGUGUAAUCUAUCGCAAUGGGCAGAGUUUUCAGCCCAACUGUAAAUACCAGUGUCUGUGUGUGAACGGGGCCAUCGGCUGUGUACCGCUGUGUAAUGAGUCUCAGCCUCCAAGGGUGUGGUGCCCAAUGCCAAGGCGGGUCAAGAUCCCCGACCGCUGCUGUGAGCAGUGGAUCUGUGAGGAGCCCAGGAAAGGGCGCAAAGCAGCACCUCGGCAUGCCAUGGCAGCUCUCUCCAGUGGAAAAGACACUUGGCAGGAGAACUGUGUGACACAGACAACAUCUUGGAGCCCGUGCUCCAAGACCUGUGGCCGAGGAGUAUCUUUACGCAUCACUAACGCCAACAAGCAGUGUCGGAUGGUCAAGGAGAGACGGCUUUGCAACAUCCGACCCUGUGAGGUGGACAUCACUAAGCACAUUAAGCCUGGAAAAAAGUGCCUAAACAUCUACAGGGAAGAUCAACCGACCAACCUCACCAUCUCAGGCUGCACUAGCAAGAAGCUCUACCGGCCGAAGUACUGUGGUGUCUGCACAGAUGAGCGCUGCUGCAUCCCUUAUAAAUCCAAAACAGUGCAGGUGGAGUUCCAGUGCCCGAAUGGAGCCAUGGUCACUUGGCAGGUGAUGUGGAUUAAUGCCUGCUUCUGCAACCUCAGCUGCAAAAACCCCAAUGACAUCUUUGCAGAUUUAGAGCAGUACUACGAGAAUCGAGAGAUUAUGAACUGAGGACCAGGCGACUGCUGUGCUGCUGUUCCAUCGGUCACCUUUUGGAGUUGACACAAUAAAAAGGAUCAAAACAACAGAAAUGUUUUUUAUACCAUAAUGGAGUAAAUUCUAAGCAAUAGAUAUCACACUUAAUUACUGAAUACAACAUUAUUGCUGGGUCUAUAAAAUUUGGUGAUUCAUAUUACAGUAAUGUUUCUGUGGUUAAAUCAUUGUUAUUUAAUGCUUUUUAAUAACUGGCAAACAAAAAUAUGGCAGAACUAAGUUACUUCCUUAGAUCUUGAUUUUUAGGCAACAGCCAUUUUAUAAUAAGCACUACACCACCACAAAGAAACUCCCUUGCAUAAGUAUUCACACCCUUGAACCUUUUGAUGUUUUGUAGUGUAUAUAGCCUGGAAUUGAAAAUGACUUCAUUAGGAUUUUUACCAAUUGAUUUACACAAAAUGUCUAACGUUUCAAAGUUCCACAUACUUUUAAUGUGACACAAAGAUUCAUUAAACAAAAAAAAGCAGACAAUACUUGUGUAGCAAAUGGCAGUGGAACUCAGAUGCACAGCAGACCCAGGUUGGGAUAGCUGGUCACACGUCUCACACACACACUCAUCAGCCUGGCUCACUCUGUGUGUGUGUGUGUGUGUGUGUGUGUGUGUGUGUGAGGGAGAGAGAGCUUGUUAAUGACCAUUCUCAAAUGCUCACUCAGUAUCUACAUUUUUUUUUCUCUGUUCACCAUUCUUCCACAAAUCUGAUUUUUGGAAUUGAUUUCCCCCACAUGUAUAAUGAUGACAUACAAUCCCAAUUAAGUCCUCUUCAGUUCCAGGUUGUAAUGCUAUAAAAUGUGAAAAAAAAUUGAAUACAUAUCAUUUUUUUUUAAGCCAGCAGCGUCAAUCUCAGGUCAAAGAGGUGCCAUGGCCCUCUUCUGUGAGAAGGCACUUAACAAAAAGAAAAUAUCCCAAAUAACCCUGUUAUAAGCAUCAAAACGUUCCCCACACCAAUACCAGUUAACAGUACCUCAGUUUGUGAAUUUACAAAUACAAACAAACUAUAUGUUUCCUGAGGUAGCAGUAAAAACAUGGAACAAAAGAAAAAGAAAUGCGGAUUUUAAAUGAUGCAGCACUACAUUUUGGCUCUUUUAUUCCUUUCAGGUACAACGUACUAGUACAAAAUAUAAUGCUAAUAUACUGUAUCUUGUACUUGACCUUGACCAAUAAUUAUAGGUAAACUGACUGGUUGUCAUGACCAUUUUAAUAACAAAAAAAUCUAAGGAACAUAGUGUACAUCAGUUGUUCCCUUUGAAAUAAAUGCUUUUUAUCAGUGUGAAAUUGUGUAGGCUCCAUUACGUCAGAUUGGACUGCAACCCAAAUUUAGUCAAUGAUGGUCUUGAUACUUAAUAGAUGAGUUGAAUCAUGUGUGUUAAAUGAAGUAGCAUGACAAACUCUGCAGUGACUGGAGUCUGACGCUUCUGUUUUAAGCCUUAUCCACUGAUAUACACAGAAUGUUUCUCUCACAAGGUCUUUGACUUUUUCCUAUUGGAAGAAAUUGGUGCUCUAUAGUACAGAUGCAGUAUAUCUGGACAUAAUUUCUGACUUCAAUAUUACUUUUAUUGCAAUCAUAAAAUAUUUUAUAUUUCUGACA